UCCCUCACCCUCACCGCCUUUAAAUAACCACGUCCUCUCCAGUCUCGCCAUUUUCUCUCACAACUCUCCGAUUUCCACUCCCAGAACCAAAAACAAAAAACCAACCCAAAAACUCACCAUGGGCGCUAAGAAGAGCGACGGUGGAGACAACAAGAAGGGCGGCGACGGGGCCGAGAAGAAGAAGGAGGACAACCCCAUCACUGUGGUCUUGAAGAUUGACAUGCACUGUGACGGCUGCACUUCCAAAAUCGUCAAAACCCUCAAAGGCUUUCAAGGGGUCGACACAGUGAAGCCAGAGGUCGGAGCCCACAAGCUGACGGUGGUCGGAAAAGUGGACCCUUCAAAGCUCCGGGAACAGCUCGCCGGAAAGCUGAAGAAGAAGGUGGACCUCAUCUCGCCGCAGCCCAAGAAAGAGAAAGACGACAACAGCAACAAGAAGCAGCCUGAGAAAGCAGCAAGCGACGACAAAAAACCCAAAGAGCCUCCGGUGACGACGGCGGUUCUCAAGCUCAAUCUGCACUGCGAGGGUUGCAUUCAGAAGAUUCACAAGACCGUCACCAAGACCAGAGGGUUCCAUGACAUGAGCAUUGACAAGGAGAAGGAGCUGGUGACUGUGAAGGGGGCAAUGGACAUGAAGGCGGUGGCUGAGAGUCUCAAAGCGAGGCUGAAGAGGAAUGUGGAGAUUGUGCCACCCAAGAAGGACAACAAGAAAGACAAGGAGAAAGGUGAAGGCGGCGGCGGCGACAAUGGCGGAGGUGGCAAGAAGAAGAACAAGGAGGAAGGACGAGAGGGUGGUAAUGCUGGCGGCGGCGGAGGUGAAAAAUUGGACAAGAUGGAUUUUCCGGUUGGUCAACCCGGGUUUGGGCAGGUUCCUCCAUAUGGGGUUGUUUAUGGGUAUGAUUAUCCACCACCACCAAUGAUCUACAUGGGGAAUCCACAUGCUCCUCAGAUUUUCAGUGAUGAGAACCCAAAUGCUUGUUCAAUUAUGUGAAUGUGAUGAGGAAUCAAUCAGCUACAGAAUCAGAAGAGAACUGUAAAUAAGAGGUUAGGCAGAGAGAUUAGUCAUGGAAAUGGGUUUUGGGUAAUGCUUUGAUGGGGUUAGUUUUGUCCUGUGGGUUAAUUAAGCUACUAUUUUGUUCUGUUAUUAUCAAUGCUUUUGAUCUAAGUUAAUGUAAUGAGAUAUUAUGAUGAUGGUUAGAGGUCAAUUUGGGCAUAGACCCAUGUGGGGAUUUAUAUCUGAAAGCUUAGCAAAAUGUGACCGGUUUGUUUC